UGACUCUAUCUGUAUAACACAGUCAAAGGAAGUGAAAUCGAUACACGAUUAGAGACGUUUUUCUUGUUUUAAAUAUUUAUUUGCUGGAAUGAGCGCAGUGUGUUUCUGGUGAUGCAACUGGGGGUUCAACCUAGAAGAGGCACCCACGUAAGGUUUGCUUGUCACCGUUGCGCAGCAUUGUUUUGGAGGGAAGAGGGAAGUGAUCAUAGAUGGAACAGGCGGCGGGAACUGGAAAUCAACUCUCACGAUUGCACAUGAAUUAAGUCAUUUGAUCAACUUAUAGUGUUUUUUUGCAAAUGCUAAUGUUAAAACAUUUAUUCGACACCACAACAUCUAAGUGAUGACGUGAAGAGGAUUUUCAUAAAGCUGGAAUUAUGGAGAGCUGCAGUCACGUCUUCCAAAUCUCAGGGAUCAAAAUUCGUGACAAGAAGAGAGUUUUGAUUCACGGCAUCCAUCACUUGGGUGGAAAAUAUAUUGGGGGCUCAAUCUUCAGGAAGGCUUGCACCCAUCUUGUAGUUCCUCAAGUUUUAUCCAGUGAGAAGUUUUUGGCUUCUUGUGCUGCAGGAAAGUGGAUUGUUACUGUAAACUAUGUUCUGGACAGUGUUAAGAAUGGUUCCUGGCUCCCAGAGGAACCCUAUGAGGUGUCCAUUUCUACAGGCACCUUGUCUUCCUUCUACCCUGUCAGACAGUGGAGGGAGAAGGUGAUGAGUGGGGAAAUAACAGGGGCCUUCCAGGGCUGGACGGUUCUUCUCUUGAUUCGAGAUUCCACCCGCUCGGCCGUGUUCAAACGGCUCUUGAAAGCAGGCCAUGGCAAUGUAUACAGCUAUCCUCCUCCCUCUCAUGCUUCUAUCACUCAUGUAAUGGCCAAGCCCAUUACAAAAGACGCAAGAUCCCACAAUGCUCCUUGCCUUCCUGUAAGCCACAUUGUGCGGCACCUCUUUGGGAAGAAUUCUUUUAACAUGCAUUUCAACAUAACAGACGACGACGAUGAUGAUGAAGUAAAUGAGAUCAGUGUUGUGGACAUUGACUUCUCGGAACUAGAAGCAGAGCUCAGGGAGUUUGCCAUCAAACAAGAGAGGCGACCAAGACUGUUCUUCCUUGAAUUUCUGGAUUACCAUGACCCGUAUCGUCCUUUGUCACAGACUAGUGAAACGGACUUCAGCAGUGUUGGCAGUAUGAUAGAGUGUGGCCUCUUCAUUGAAGCUUUGGACACGAUUCGGAAUGCAGUUUUCCCAGGGUUUCUGCCACCAGCGCCAUACCUGGUCUCUCUCAUCGAAUACGCACAGCAGGGCAGAGCUACAACUGUCUUCUUGCGGAGUUUCCAGCAAGUAAUGCACAGGUUGCUCGUUACCAACCCACCUUGGCUCUCCCCCACCAUCAUGAAAAAAUAUUUCAGUCAGGUGUUGCAGUGUCCUUGCUGCAAGACAGGGCAGUGGCCUUUCCUAGAGACAGCCAUCAGUUACUGCCUGUCCAGUGAAGCCACUUGUCACCAGCUUCCUGGGCCGAACCUGCCAACACUUUUGCACUUCCACGGUGACCUACUGGCAUUUUUUCUCAAACUCUUCCAAGGGGAACUUCACUCUAUACACACUGGCGAUUUCCACCAGCUUUCAGGAGCAGCAGCCUCUCGGGUAUCAACAUCAGGUACAUUGCUGUAUGGAACCUUCUGGACUGUGUGGGAGCACUCCACGCUGUUGUCUUGUGCUGUGAAAAGGCUCAUCCAGCUCACGAUGCAGGCAGUCUCGGAGGACCAUGCUGAGAGGGAAGGGAAGCAGCACAAACAGCAUCUGGCGAACAUCCUCAUUGACCUCCUGUCUGUUUUGGUGGAGUUUUGGUGUCAGCAGCACACCAAACUGAACCAGAACCUUGUGGAAAAGGGCCUGAAAUACCUCGGAGAGCACUUUGCAGUCACUUGCCAAAAUCUGUCUUUAGUGGUCAUAACAGAGUUGGUUGCCAAAGUUUCAUCCACCAGACUGAGACUUGCAUUGGUGGAUGCGAUUUUCAGGAACAUCUGUUGCAAAAAUGGAAUUCCGGUGGGGGAUGAACCUCUCUCUCUGAAGAAAGUGAUGCUGUCUUACUUGCCUGCGCUGGAACAUUUAGCUCAAAGCCCCAGCUGGACGCGCACGGACACCAACUGUGGAACUCUGAGCCCAGUGGAGAAUGAAUCGGAGAAAGAAUGCAUCCCAAGAGGUCUGAACAGAGUUAAUGCAGCAGGAGAGACCCUCCUCCACAGAGCCUGCAAGAGAAACCAAGUGGAGACGGUGCUUCAGAUCCUGGCGCUCCCUGGCACCGAUGUCAACGUUAAGGACCAUGCAGGGUGGACACCUCUACAUGAAGCAUGCAACCACGGCAGCACCGCAUGUGUGGAAGCUUUGCUAAGUCACCGGCCUGCCCCACUCAUUAAUUAUGUGGUGGGCGGAGUCAGCCCUCUGCACGACGCCGUGCUCAACGGACAUCUGGACAUCGCCAAAAUGCUUCUUGAGACUGCAGGUUCUGAGCUCCUCUAUCAACCAGAUGGAAAAGGUCGCACAGCAUUGGACCUCGUCUCCACACCAAGUCAAAGGGCAGAGCUUGUCCACAGCGCACAAGCAGGUGACUCCAACCUAAGGAAGAACGCCACAGAGGUGAUAAACCACACCCUCCUGGAGGCGGGCUCAUGCAUGCUGGCACACCUCAUCGUGUGCCACCAGCAGGAGAAGGGCCUGCCCGGCCGCUCCAACGAUCCCGGCGAUGUUGCCUCCAGCCUAGGAAACACACUGGUUCGGGCCCUGGAGACCCACUCCCUCCAAACGGUGACACAAGGCUGGAUGGACCAAAGAGCUCUGAGACUCGUAAGCGACAUGGACAUGCUGCUGGAUCUGGCCAAACAGAAACUCUCCCGACACGUGUGUGAGGCAGUGAAGGAGUACAAGGGGGAGAAUACGUCACUCCUCAUGGAGAUUCUGGGGAGUCUUUGGGCUCAAGGAGAAAUACUUUUGGCUGAAGUCAACAAAGACUUUUGAAAUAAGCUAUUAAGGGCGUUGGUGGGAUUUAUUUAAAUAGUCCAUUUUACAUUUUAUUUUUAAAUGACCAUGUGAAGAUACACUGAGAAAUCGUCAAUCCACCUGCAUUAUGUGCUUUUUUUUGUACGUUGCCACAUUGGUGAAUGAUUCAACAGUUUAAGUCAUUAUAAUACAGAAGAAGUACAUGUCGAAAAUGUUAUUGAAGUGUGUACUGCCUUAUGCUUGUUUUAAAGUUUAUUUUUACAAAAUAAAGAAUUGAUUAAUUCCUAUCACAGUGUAUAAGUACUAUACAAUAAGUCAAUUGAAUAGACUACAAGUUUACUGAGUUAUAUUGAUACUUAAAGUACACGUGUGUCAAACAAUAUCUAACACAGCUGCCAUCUUGGCGUGGUUGGGUCAUCGUGUCCCUGCUGCUGCUGAUCACCGGCUGCCGUGAUCAAACUGUUGGCUGACACUACAGCGAUUAAAACUACUGCACAGAUUCAAUUGCUGUUUGUGGAAUUGAAUCUCAAACUCACUUUAGGAAAUUGUUGCGUAACAAUAUUGCAUUGAAACAUUGAUAAUGUUUAUUGACUUAUAUUGAUACUUAAAGUGCACUUACAACCUGAAACAUGAAUUUAUGACCUUAGUGAAAGUGACUCAUCUUAAAUACAUAAAGAUCGAUACUUGUUUCGUGAAGUUAUUUGAUAUCACUAACAAAUAUAAUUGUAGUCAUUACUUAUUUCUUUGUGAUAUUUACUCAGCUGCUAAGAAUGCUCCACAUGUAUUUUUAUAUUCUCAUCAUUACAGGGUGCUUUUUGGCAAAAAUGUUGGCAAUUUCAAUAAAAAGGCAAGGUAAUUUAUUUUUUUAAUCAAAAAAGUAUUGAACUGUAACACAAACACAUUGAACCAAACCAGGAAUUUUGUAUAUCGUUGGACCCCUUAAUAUUUAGAAUUUUCAUGAUUUCAAUCAUUUUAUCUUUGUUGGGAAAAUACAGUAAAAAAGACAUAUUUCUGACAGUUAUGAUGGUGAUUAAUGAUGUUUAAAAUGGGUUAAUCUGAAUAAAAACAUGAAUCAUUUGACAGUUAAUUACUGUGGUUGUAGUUUUCAGUGUUAUGCGUCUUCUAAUAUUCUAUAUAUUCGUAAUAAUAUUCUAAUAUUUGUCAAAUGUAUAAUGUAUUUAAUACAACAUCCAAAAUAUUGCAAACAUCUGAAUAUAAUGCAAUUUUUAAUACUCAUCUUGUAUUGGAUCUCGUUAAAUCAUGUAUUGUAAAUAAAAGCAAAGCAAAACAUUGUGGAAUAAUUGAAAACUGCUAAAAAAUAAAACAAUUUAAUGUAUUUAUUUCUUCAACAUACAACUGAUGCAUUUUAUUUCUCCUUUUAUGAGCCAGCCCAUCUGUGCUCCAGCAGUCUCCAUGUCAGGUUGAAGG